AUGUCCUUUUUCCGCGUCACGCUGCACAGAUCGGCCAUUGGGCUGCCGGAACGGACGCGCGGGGUCCUCGCGGCGCUGGGGCUGCGCAAGCGGAUGCAGACGGUUUUCGUGCCCGUGCAGCCGCAGUUUGCGGGGAUGGUUAUGAAGGUCAAGGAGCUGGUGAGGGUGGAGGAGGUGGACAGGGCGCUGACGAGGAAGGAGGUGAGGGCUUCGCGGACGCCGGAUAGGGGGUUCUAUGUCGAGAAGGCGGUGCCGAGGAUGUGA